AUGGAUUUCUCACGUCUGCAAUAUCUUGGUCCCAAUUUCAUGGCACCAAAUGCCUCUACAGUCAGCCUUCCUUCAUCAUUCCUGGAGACCUUCAUUCCUGGCUACGGAAUACUAUCACAGAUUGUUUUGCGCCUGUUUGGGAUCGACAUAGGCCUAGUCGUCUCUGGAUGCGUCGUCAUCUUUGGCCUCUCACACGCCGUUUUCUUCUUCAACUCCUACGUAUAUUCUUACUUUGACCGCUACUUUACGUCAUCAGUGUCUAUCGAUGGCCACGAUGAAUUGUACCGGGAAGUUGUGGGAUGGGUCACACAGCAACGGAUGACCAAGGUUAGCAGAGACAUCAGAGCCCAUACGAAACAGCGAAACACUCACCAGGAUUCCGAUGAUGACUCUGACGAAGAUGGCAACAUACCAGGUGGCAAUAGAAUCUUCAACUAUGGGAGCUGGGCGAGCAAUGUCCCACCACGGUACGAACCUAACUACGGGACCGAUAGGUUCGUUCACGAUGGUCGCACCUUCACCUUGUCCAGAGACAGAAAAGAGAAGAAGAGUUGGUCGUGGGAUCAGUACGAUGAGUUCUUGACCAUUCGUUGUCUCGGCCGAAACACACAGCCUAUCAAGAAUCUUCUGCUGCACAUCAAGAAGUGGACUCUGAAGAAUGAGAACAAGACAACAAGUAUCUAUCGGCCUCUGCCCAAAAGCGACAACGGCGGCGAAACCGGGUGGGACAGACAAUCAAGCCGAGCAUCGCGACCAAUGGGCACUGUGUCUCUUGGUCGCGAGGAGAAGAGGACUAUCGUCAGUGACAUCAACGAAUACCUCCAGCCCGAGACGAGGCGAUGGUAUGAUGCGCGAGGCAUCCCGUACCGGAGAGGGUAUCUCUUCCACGGGCCACCGGGUACAGGAAAGACAUCGCUGUCCUUCGCCUUGGCCGGCAUUUUCGGGCUUCACAUCUACUGCAUUUCUCUUAGUGAGGUUGGUCUUGCUGAAGCUGACCUGAACAAACUUUUCAGCGAGCUUCCACGACGUUGUAUCGUUCUACUGGAGGACAUUGACUCUGCUGGUUUGCGUCGUGAUGACGAGGCACCAUCCAGCGAACCUACUCCACCGCCUACUUUGGGCGUUGCGAAGACUCCUGUAUGCGAGCCUUCAGGGCCUCGCAAGAGUCUAAUCAGUUUGGCCGGUCUGCUCAAUGUCAUCGAUGGUGUGGCUUCUCACGAAGGGCGCGUUCUUGUUAUGACUACAAACCGCCCGCAAGCGCUGGAUGAAGCUCUCACCAGACCAGGACGGGUGGACAUUCGUAUUGCCUUCUCGCUAGCGACGCACGUCCAGAUCAAAGAGAUCUUCAUGCGCAUGUACGGCACUGAUAACAAUGCGCAGAAAUCAGUCGUUACGAAGAAGUCACAGCGCACGGCGAAGCCGAGAAUCAUCAGCGAGAAAAGACAGGACGAGGAUGACAACGAUAUCGAGGACCUGCUGUUCGAUAAGGCAACCACCGAGACCCUUGGCAGAGACAAGCUGAAACAGAUGGCGCAAGAGUUCGCAGACCAGUUACCAGAGAGCAAGUUUUCACCAGCGGCUAUUCAGGGCUACCUAUUGACACGGAAACGAGAGCCCAGCAGGGCUUUGGAGGAAGCGGGUGCGUGGAGGGACGAACAGCUUGAAGCGCUGGACAAAAAGAGAUGA